CGCAUAUAAUUUAUUUUUAAUAACAAUUUGUACCAUUUUAUUUGGGAAUCACUAGACAAACAAUAUUCAAUCAUAUUUUUGUAAAUACUCAUGUGAAACAAUCGCCGAAUACGUGUGUAUUUGUUGUUGAACACAACAAAAAAUCACACAAAUGUGGUUCAAGUUUUUUUGAUUGGUGUGUUUUUGUUUAAAAUAGAAAAAAUGGCAUUGCCCACUGCCAUAAUGUUAUCCGGAAUGUCCCGUGCACAAGUAACGUCAGAAUUGGCUCCCCUUGUUGGCAACAUGAAAAAAAACCUUUUAGACAUGGAAUCUUUAAUGACCGACGAAAACCGUUCAGCCUUCCUCGAUUUUAUUAACCCAACACCUCUACCCAUACCAGCACUCCUCGCCAGAGAAUUUGUUCCCAAAAUAGAAUUAGUAGAAACAACUGAAGCUGCGGUUCCUGAAGAAGAAGAAAUCUUGUCGAAUGAAAUAAUGUUUAUACACGAAGGAAUAACGACUGAUCCUGAUAUUCCUAGAGUGAUUCCAGUACUAUCACCAUCCCCAACAGACAGCGGAAUUUCAGAUUGUUUUUUAGACUACAGGACUCUUUCUCCUCAACCAGAACAACCAGCAACUGACAACAUUGACGACGGAAUUGAAGCAGAUUCUGAGAAAAAGUUAGAUGUGACGGACCGAAUUCUGGAACCACGGCUGGCUGGAGUGGAUAAACUGAAGCGGUAUCCUAAACCGAGGAGUUCACCAAGAUCGCAGAAAGGUAGAGCUACAUUGGACAUGUUGCUGGAUAUUGCCACAGAGGAUUCUAAGAUUGUUAAAACGAAUUUUGAAACACCAACGGACAAAGAGAUGGGCGCUUUAAAUUACUACAUGGAGGUUAUCGGCAGACUGGAGGAAAAAUUUACAUUUUAUAGAGCCCACAAUGAAAUGGGUCACAUCUACAGCUCUUUAGAUCCGAAGAUCAUGUACCAAAAACGGGACCUUCUGGAUUUGGCAUCGAAUAUGGAAGGUACAAGUGGAACGUGGGAUUUCCAACCUGCCAUCUUAAAAACGGGAAGUGAGUCCUUCUUUGAAAACAGAUCUCAAUUUUCUAGAAUCGAUAAUCUAGAAUUACCACCGCAUUAUGUUAAGAGGUGCAUCGUAGAAAAUUGUAACUAUAACGAACAUAUUUAUUUUUAAUUUUAUAUAACAUAAUUGCCUGAGAGUCCAUAAGCUUACGAAGAACAUUAGAACUUUAUCUCGUAUAUAAAGUCUUGAAUGGAUCUUCAAAUAAAACUUCUUCUCAGGCUUCAAUGAGAACCUGACCAUGCUCCAGCGAUGGAAAUAUCAACUAAAACGUCACCUUAUGUCUCAGUUAAGAUCUGAUUUUAAGCCUCAACUGAAGCAUUAUUAAAUGUUUCAAUUAUAGAGUUACCUUAGGCUUGAGUUGAAGCUUCAGUAUGAGCUAGAAGCUUAUAUAGCCGAAGUUUCAACCGAAACUUAGCUCCAUGCUCGUGAGAGAAAAACUUCAACUGAAACCUUGCCUUAAGUCUUAGUUAAAACCUCAUUUUAAGCCUCAACUAAAGCCUUACUAAAAGUAUCAGUUGUGGAGUUACCUUAAGGUUUAUCUUUUGUAAUAUAAGUAAUAUUAAAUGGCAUCGUACCUUAUCUCUUAACUCAAAGGUUCAAACCUCAUUUUAAGUCUUAAUUGAAGCCUUACUGAAAGUUUCAGUUGCAGUUUUAUAUAGCUUGAGUGAUAAAAUAUCAACUGAUACCGUAUCUUAUUAACCGUCCUAGUUAAUACCUCAUUUUAAGCCUAAACUAAAGCCUUAUAAAGCUCUCAGUUGUAGAGUUACUUUAAGCUUCAAUUAAAGCUUCACUAUAAGUCAGAUGCUUAUAAAGAUGAAGCUUGAACCAAAACCUGAGCUCCAUGUUCAGGUGAUGGAAACUUCAACUGAAACCUUACCUUAAGUCUUAGUUAAAACCUCAUUUUAAGCUUCAACUGAAGCCUUACUGAAAGUUUCAGUUAGGCUUCAGUGUAAGCUUCAGUGUAAGCCAGAAGCUUACAUAGUUGAAGCUUCAACCAAAACUUGAGCUCCAUGCUCGAGUGAUAGAAACUUCAAUUGAAACCUUAUCUUAAGUCUUAGAGUUGUCUUAGAGUUACCUCAAACUUUAGCUGAAGCUUCAGUAAAGGCCUUAAUUGAUGCUUCAACUUAACCACGGGUAAACCAUCACUAUAGGUCAAGUAUAACUUUUAGACUCGUUUCAAGCUUCAAUUUUAGCUUCACUUCUUCCACUAAAAACGCUUAUGUUAUAGCUUUUGAUUGAUUCGUUUGUCACCAUAACAUGAAACAUAUUUUUUGACUGAACCAGCUAGAAAAUUAUUGCGUAACGUAUAUUUUGAUCAACUGCAUAUGGUUUGGAUAUGUUUAUUAGGCUCUUGAGUUGAGCUUCUAUCAGAAAUACCAAGCUUUAUAAUCUAUUUCUAAUAGUCGUAGUCUUAUGCGCUCUCAUACACUGUUGCUGCUUAUACAGUUGACGUGAUUAAAUUAUUUAAACUAAAUAUAUAAUGUACUAUCUUUAAUAUUUUAAAGAUACUUAUUAUGUGGAUAAAGUCUGAUUAGAUGUUAAAUAUUUAUUAGAUUUAGAUUUAGGAAGGGAUUGGUGCUGGAUCUUUCUUAAAGAAAGAUUGAUUAACAAUUUUAUUUGAAAAUUGAGAUAUGAAAAAAUACAGUUGGAAGUUUUCAAAAAAGUAAAAGUGUAUUUUUGGUAUUGCUCUUCGCCAAGUUUUGAUUCAAACUAGUCAUUUUUUUCAGGAAUUUCGUUAUUAUUAAGCACUAGAACACAUUAAAGCUUCCUCUUCCUCUUCUCCAUUUUCUUCCUCUUUUCUUUCACCAUUUUUCUGUAUCAGUCCCAAAUUAUAUUUUGUUAUUAUUUUCUUGUUUUUUGUUCCUCCCUACCUAUUGACCAGCUCUAAUCUUUAAACAUUCUUGCUUUUUCUAUUUCUUUGGCUUCCGUCUCUUUUUAUAUAUUUCGCUUUCUUUUAUAAAUUUCUUUUGCUAUUUUUCUUGCUAUUUUUUAAUUUGCUUUAUCUUGAUUUUUGACUUUCAUACAUUUGAGCCUUUCUUCAAUGUUUUUCCUUAAAUCUUCAUCACUUAGUGGUGCUAUCCUUUAUUACUGGAUAUUGUUUGUGUUUGUUUUAUCUCUUCUCUAUUUUCAUUAACUUCUUGUAUGUAUCUGUUUAACCCAUCAGUUUCUAGAUUUCUUUUCUCCCUAUUGCAUGAUUUUUCUUAUUGUGUGAUUUGAUAUUAUUUAAGGUUCGGAUUUAUUCAUUCUCGAUUUAUAUUUUUCCCUGGUUUUAUAUUCAUAUUGAAUUUGUCUUCCUGUUAAUUUUUGUACUGCUUUUUUGAAAACAAAUUUUUGUGAUGACAAUUUAUGUGCCUGAACUAUAUUUUCGAAAAGAAAAUUUAAUCUACAAACAAUUAUAAUAUCAAUCUCAAUUUUUGAUUUUUUAAUAAAAAACCAAACAAAACGAAGCCUUAGCUGAUAUGUGUAUUAUUAUAUAGUCGGUUCGCUAAACUCAUACACAACUGGCUAGUGAUUUUAGAAGGUAAUUUUUUUGUUUUUUGCCAAUUUUGCCAAAAUUAGCAAAAUUACUAACUAUUUGGUAAUUAUUAACUAUUUAGUAAUUAUUUUUUUGCCAAUUUUAGCAAAUUGGCAAAAUUACUUACUAAAAUCACUAGCCUUACAAACUAUCACUUACUAAAAUCACAAAAAUUGUGUCUGAGUUUAGCGAACCGACUAUACUAACUUUUUGUAGUUUUUUUGUUUAUUUUUGUUAACUUAUAUUCUAACUUUUUAAGACAUGUUUACUUGCCUAGUUUUUAUAUGUAUUUUACAGUAUAGUAUAUGCCUUUAUUAUUAUGUGGUUUAUGGGCCUUAUCAGUAUUCGAAUUCUGUGUGUGUGUAUCUACAGAGUAUUAUAAAACUGAAUGUUGUUUGAAAAAAUAAUCCUGAUUAUAAAUUAAAAAUAAUUUAGACAAAAUGAA